AUGAAGCUUUUUACUGCAUUUACUUUUGCUGCGACUGUUUUGGCCCAAGAGCCCGAUUAUGACUAUUUCCGGGGAAAUUUUGGGAGUACCACGACAGAAGAGCCAACUAUUCCCCCAGAGACGACUUACACUCCCUGGGAUACCAGUACACCGGAGCCAGGUACGACUGAAACUGACCCAUACACAACCGAAUCCACUCCCGUCGUUACUGGAACUGACCCAUACACAACGGAAUCCACUCCCCUUGUAACGGGUACGGACCCAUACACCACAGAAUCCACUCCAGUCGUUACGGGUACUGACCCUUACACAACCGACUCCACUCCCGUUGUUACUGGCACUGAUCCCUAUACAACCGAAUCUACUCCCGUUGUUACGGGUACAGACCCAUACACCACAGAAUCCACUCCAGUUGUUACCGAUACUAAUCCAUACACAACAGACACCACGGAACCACCAACGACGCCACCAAGCCCCGGAACCGACAUUUUCUGCCAUACCUGCCACGCUGCGAACAUGACUGCGUGCCUUGAAGAAGGGGAGAAACUUGAAUGCCCCGAAAAUGCCUCUGUCUGUCAGAUCGAAGUGCGAAAACGCAAUGGAAGUCUCGAAGAUAUUCGAAUGGGCUGUAAAUCUCGAGUAGCAUGUCUCGAUAACAAGAAGCAAAACUUUGUUGGACAAUGGGGCCGUCAUCAGUGCCAGCCUUUUUCGUGGUGGAAAAAGGGACCUUCCGUUUGUCGGCAAUGCUGUACCGGGCCUGAGUGCACGAUCGAAGUGAUGAAUUCUGCCGAAGAAACAACCAAAGCUGCGUGGAGAGCGAACUUGUUGAACUAA